AAUAAUAAUAAUAAUAAUAAUAUCGAAACUAUUCAUAGAAAGUGGUGUGAGAUAAAAAAAUAUUUAUUUCUGUUUCCCUUCCCUUAAUACUUAUUUAUUCAUUUUUUACUACUUAUCAUUGUUUUUUAUCAUCAUAGUAUGACGGAGUGAGCAAAACAAACAGAAAUUCAAAACAUCAUUAUAAAUCAAAGAUUUCACUUCAGAUAGUUGAACGUAAAGCAGAACUAGCUAUUUCUGAACAAUAUUCACUGAUGUCUUGUUCUUCGUCCUAUUCUCAUCCUAAACCUCUGAUAAAUCCUACGAAACAAAUUAUGAAAACCUCACCGAAAACUGUUCAACCGUCAAAUCAUCAACCAUCUUUAUCAAAUCAAUCAUUGAAUGCACAUAAUAUUGAAUCGUUAGCUAGUACAAGUACAGGCAGUGCAGGAGGAGUGAAGAGUAUUGAAUGUGGUGCAAGUAUAACAACAACUAGUUUGAUAAGUGGAUCUUUAUUUGAUCAUAGAGAUAGUAAGCAUACAUUGAACUCAACAAUAACAACUUCAACAAACAAAUUGCCACAUCAAUCAACCAGUGUUCAUGUAUCACCUUCAAUGACUGGAGUUAUUGUUGAACCGAAGCAUCAAAGGUCUGAUAAUGUUCACAAACAAUCAAACGAUUUGAAUAAUGCUACAACACAAAAUAAUCAAAAAGGUAGUCAAACUAUUAUUAGACAGACUAGUAAUGGUUCAAGGUUAUCUAGACGCGGGGUGGCAUGUGCUGGAUUUCCAGCUUUUUCUUGGUGCAGUGGUCUACAACGUGUAACUGCUGGAUGUGCAUUAUUGGGCCGUGGACAUCAUAAUCUGCAAGGAAGUAGUAAAAACUCUAGCCAACAAAAAUUAACUGGAAAUACGAAAUCUCAAAGGUCCGUCCAAUCUAACGAAUUUACAAAUCUUGGUACUAGACCUACACCACCUCCCAAACCUGGUCCACUUAUUGUGGAAGUAUUUCUCACUAGAGGGACAAAAAGUGGUUUAGGAUUCAGUAUAACUGGUGGUAUUGGAAAUGAAACAAUCAAUGGUGACUCAGGAAUAUUUGUAACUAAGCUUACUCCUGGCGGUGUUGCAGAGACAGAUGGUCGAAUUCGUAUUGGUGAUAGAAUUGUUCAAGUAAAUGAUGUACCACUAAUUAAUGUAACUCAUGAACAAGCUGUCCGUGUUUUGAAACAAGCUGGUGAUCAGGUUCGACUUAUUCUAGUGAAACAUGUAAAUAAUUAUUCAUCACGUCAAACUUCGUCAACAGAAAUAAAGACUGAAUCAAGUGCAAUUAAUGAUCAAGAUGGAAUUAUAUGUAACAAUGAUUUCAGUGAUAAAAAUAGUUGUGAGGAUAAUGACGUUGGACCUACAUGUUAUGCUAAAUCACGUUCAUCAUCAGUAUCUUUAUCGUCAAUUCGUCGAUCAGCUUCUUCUUCUCCUUCCAUUUCAUCUCAUACAUCUCCACUUUCAGAACCAUCUGUACAUAGUUCUUAUCAUGAUGAAUCAUCAUCCGGUCAUCCAGUGGAGUCUGAUAUAAGUAAACAACAAGAACAAAAUAAAUAUCAACAAUCAUCUUCUGUACUUUCACAAUCAAAACAAGAUCGUAAUUUAUGUCAUAACGAUCAAAAUCAUACUCAUCUUCGCCGUCAAUCUGGGACUACAAAAAAAGUUCAUUCAUCAUCUGUAAUACCUAAUGAACGAUAUCGUUCUUCACCAGAUUUAUCAAAUGAAAAGUACCAUAAAUCACAACUUACUAAAACCGUCACAACAACAAAUAAUCCAUGCUUUGGUUCAACUGGUCAAGAAUUACUAGAAAAUAGAAUGGUUGGUAUAAUUGAUUAUGCAGCAGCUGCUUCAGUGUCCAACUUACUUAAUGAAUGGCCAAAUGCUCGUUUAGUUACAUUGUAUCGAAGUGGUCGUAAACGAAUUAAUUCUAUGAGUCGAAAUCAAACGGAUAAUUCUGAUAUAAUUCAACGUGGUUAUUCAUCAAAUAGUGGAAGAAACCUUGGUUUAAAUAUUGUUGGUGGUGAUGGUUCAGAAGCAACAUUUAUUUCUCAUAUACAACCUGAUAAACCGGCUGGUUUAUCAAAAAGGAUAUUGGUUGGUGAUCGAUUGUUAACAGUUAAUGGCAUAGAUGUCGCUAAGUAUGGGCAUGAGAAAGCGGCUGCAGCUUUACGAGAUGCGCGUGAUCGUGUUGAUCUUCUUCUAGUCUAUAGUCCUGAAGAAUAUGCUAGUUUUGAGCAACAUUUCAGUCGUCAGCUUAAAGCAGUUGGUCACAAAUUAUCUUAUAAAUGCUUACAUUCACUGAAAGCUAAAACUGCCAAUAGAACAGGGAUAGACGGUAAAGAUAAAGAAUCACCAAUCACCAGUUAUCAAGAUAAAAAGCAAUCUGAAGUGAGGAAAGAUAAACUGAAACAAAAAGACAUAGAACAUAUUGACAAAAAACGGCAGAAACAUCGUCAACAGAAGCAAAAACGUCAACUUACGAAUGAAGCACCUGGUGAAGAAGGAACACAUGAAGAGAGUGACGCUAAUGAAUUGAAUAAAUAUUCUGAUGUACUGUUAUUACGCUGUCAAGUUGAUUAUGACCCAAUGAAAGAAAAUCAUCAAACUAUACCUAAAAAAGUAUUCACUCUAAAAUCAGGUGAUUUGGUUCAUGUUAUUAAUACAGUUGAUCCUGAAUGGUGGCAGGCUCGGAGAUUCGACCCAGAAAUCAAUGAACCAACUGGUCCAAUUGGUCUAAUUCCUAGUCGUUUACGCUUAGAAAGAAAAGAACGUACCAGGACACGUCAUGUAAAUUUUAUGGCUAGAAACAGUCGAUCUGUUGACACACCAUCAAUCAAAUCAAAUGAUCCUUAUGACAGACGAAGAAAAAAAGAGAAACAAUCAUUGAAAUCAUCUAACUCAACUCAUUCUUUGGUGGAAACUGUUAAUCAAUGUAAAAAUUUUUACUAUUCAAAAAACAAUACAAUGAACAAUAACUGUCCACGUAGUUCAAGAACUAAAAACCGCAGUGAAUCUUCCCGUCGUCGUCAUCGCGACCACCAACAUCAUACAUUAUCUUACAUAGCUGUUACUCCGGUCCAUUUAAGUUUUGCUAGACCUGUUGUUAUACUAGGCUACAUGAAGGAUAGGAUUGCUGAUGAAUUAUUAUGUGAAUUUCCUGAUCUCUUUGGAACCGCUAUCCCAUGUAAGUAGUUGUUUUUAAAAACAAUUAAAUCUAAUGUUUAUUUUAGGUAUGUUUACUUAGAGGUUAUUUAUGAGUUUUGAUAACGUCAGUUUAUUUAGAGAACAUUUGGAGUUGCUAAUACUUUGUAUAAGAGAUGUGUUUAGUUGGCUACAAGUAAAAGUAUCUAUUCAUAGUCACAAUUAGUUGUACAACAAAAAAGAGAUUUGAUUAAGUUUAUCCGUGUAUUAAAUUUAAGCGAGAGAAAAUAGAGGCAGAAUAGCCUCUCUAGAUAUUCUACUUGAAAACAAAUUAGAUGGGUCACUAAAAAGAAAACUGAACAAGAGAAGUACUUGGGCCCUCCAAUACACGAAUUUUCUUAGUGUUUUUUUCUCUACAACAUAAAAGAGAACCAGUUAAGACACUUCAAUAUAGAAUCAGGUCAAUAUGCUUUCCAGAUGGUGAAGAAACAAAUGCAGUGCGUAAUUCCUCCAAAAUUUGUGCGUAACCUGAGAAAUUUAUAAAUAAAGAUUUAUUCAAGAAAGUAGAGAAAAGUGAAGUGCUGACGGUGAACAGUCUAUACUGCUACAAUUGAGAGUUCAAACAACCAGCGAAAAUGCUUAUGCUAAAGUUGGGCAGGACAAAUAAAAAAACUUUUGAUGCUGAAUAAAUACAUUUAAUGUUUUUACGCUCUCGAUGAUUGCUCCUAGAAUACUCACCACUUUUGAGAUUAUUACUUUACAACGAUAACUGUAGGACCUGAGGAGAAUUUAUUGGAAAGAAUAUUCUUCAUUCAUGCGUGUUUUUAAAAAGGUUAUCAUUGUAUUUUGUUUUUGCUGUCAAGUUUUUAAUUCCCAUUGUUGACUCCAAUAUAAUCCGGCGAUAUUAUUGCUAACGGAAUAUAUAAUCUAUUUAAAUUGAUAUAUCAUCCGUCGACUAAUCACGUGAAUACUCAAUAAAAACUAAAAUGCGAAUACGUUGCAUAUUUGGAUUUCAGACAUCAAUAAGCGUAGGCAAACUGAACAAGUGAAUAUGGAUAAAUGGAGAGUUAUAAUUGCAUUCAAUAUAAUCAGUUGAUUUAGCAGUAAACGUCAAACAUUAGCAUGUACCUAUCUGCCAUGUUUAUUCACCAUACGAACGUAAAUUUGAUUACAUACUCAUAACUAAAGUGAUUUAAGGUUACAAUAGGUUACUACUAUUUUAAUGGGUGUUAUUACCCAUAUUGUUUCAAAUGUCUCUGAUCCAGCCACUGAUUUGAUUCUAAUCAAAUGUCUUUUCUAUUUAUAACUACCAUCGUUUUUAUUAUCGAUAUCAAGUGUAAAUCAUUGUCAGUUUUGUGAUGAUUAUCAGUUUUUACAUGGUCUAUGUGAUUAUUCAUGUCAUAAAUUCUAUUAGCUAUUUGAAUUUUCAUCUAAGGUUAAAUUGUGAUUUUGAAGAGUUUUUACAUCUACUGUUCACAUUGAUUUACACAUAUUUCGAAAGAAAAACGGAAUUAGUGAAAUUGGGACUUACAUCUAUUACUGUUUAUUGAGAAUUUCACUGUUAAACUAGGUUGUCAUGUUUUCCGUUUUAACUUUCUUUUUAACUGUCUUUUUGAUCCGUUUACAUUGAAGACAUGUCAGAAAGCACCAUUUCAAAGUUGUUCAUAUGAUAUUAUUAUUUCAUACAAUUUGAAGUUGAUGACUGGUAUUUAGCAAAGAUUAGCGUCAACUGAUGGGGAUGAGUGUAUAACUCAGAAAAAAAUCACAUUGAUAAAGGGAAUCACUUAUUUAUUUGAAUUGGCUAUUGUUAUUCAUUGUUUUAAAAUCUCAAUACUUGCUAUAAAUUGUUUACAACUAAAAGGUGACAAUCUAUUUUUUAGCUUUAUAUUCAGUAAUACGUAAAUCCGCUGUACGUUAUAUGGUUAAUUAACCUAUAGAUUAAAGUGAAAUCAGAUAUUGAAAACCUUUGGAUUAGACUCUAACAUACUCAUGAAUAGAAGUUGUUUGUGAAGAUCAGUUCAAUCUGAAGGUGAUUUUCGUCACUAAUUAUAAAUGUCUGUUGAAAAGUAUGAAGCAAUAGAGAAGAGGUGUGUCGUCCUGCUUCAUGACUCCUUGGUAAUGUGUCUGUUCUGACUAUGAAUUUUAUGUUUGUCUCCUUCAGACAUAACUGCAACCUUAAAAUAAUAAUAUCACAUUUACUGCAUAAAAUAUUGUCAGUUAAAUACACACACCUUCUUUACCAACUCAUAAUAUCUUUUUUAUAGAUAAAUCAAUAUUUAUAAAUUUUAUUGUUUUCUAUUCUUUUAAAGAUACAACUCGACCACGUCGAUCAAAUGAAGUUGAAGGUCGUGACUAUCAUUUUGUAAUCAGUCGAGAAAUAAUGGUUGCUGAUAUAGCUGCUCAUAAAUAUCUUGAAGCUGGUGAAUACAAUGGAAAUUUAUAUGGAACCCAUUUAGAUUCUGUAUUUGAAGUGUCUGAAUUAGGAUUGCAUUGCUUAUUGGAUGUUGGUGGGCCAGCAUUAAAACGUUUAGAAUCGGCUGGACUACCACCAAUCGCUAUUCUUGUGCUACCUGAGACAAUGCCAACUGAUGAAAAUGAUAAAAAUGAUGAUGUCUACGACGGCAAUGAUGAUGAUGGAUGUUCUCCGCUUUUAAAUGAACAAAGAAAGCAAAAAAAACUUAAACUUAAAAAGUGCUCUUCUGUUGAAUCUGCAGCUUUUAAAAGUUUACAAAGUAAACUUGGUCGUUUGCUAGAGCAUUUUACUUCCUUUUUGACAGCAAUUAUCACAACAGACGAUUAUGAAACAGCUUAUAAUCGUGUUAAGGAAAUCAUAUUCACUAAUACUGGACCUAUUGUAUGGUUGAAUUCACCUCAACCAAUACCAUGACAACAAUAAUAGCAAUCAUCAAAAAAAACCUACAAAUCAAUCAAUUUCAUUUUAUAGCCUUAUCAUUAAUGUUGUCAUGAAUGUUCAUGUGUAUAUAUUAUUUCUAUCUUAUUCAAAUACUCAGUAAUCAAAUAUAUUAUUUUCAGCGAUCUUCCAUGUUGUUAAGCAUUUAUUUUAAUAAAAUAAACUAUUACAAAUAGAAAUAUCUAAUGUUUGAUAUUAUAGUGUAAUCAUGACAACAAUAUGUCUAUAUUUACCCUCUGGACUAUAUGUGCAUAUGCAUACAGAUUCGUAUUAUAGUUACAUUUCAUUUUAUGAUUUAUCUUUAUCUAAUUCAAAUAUUUAUCUUUUAAUUUUUCUUUAAUAGUUAUUUUUAAUUUAUUAUCAUUAUUAACAAUAGAUUAAAACAAAACAUUCAAUGUUCAUUACCUCAACCAAACUCGUAAUUGAUGGAAUCUAUUUUUAUAAUAUGUGAUAUCAGUAAUUUUAAUCUUUAAUUAAAUGUAAUUUCAUGAUUAAUCACUUUUCUUUUCUUUUUUUAAAAAAGAAAAACCGUCUUUGUUGUUUGUUGAAAAUAUUAGCUUAUGUAUGUUAUUACGUAAUAAUUUAUUACAUAAUCCAUAUAUAUUACAAUAUUAUGAUGGAAUAUAUCAAAAGGGAUAUGAAUAAUUUGUUUUAGACAAUAUUAGCCGAUAUAUAUAUGUAUUCUGCUAUAUGAUGUUUACCUUCAUGUAUUGAAUUAUCUAACAGAUAUGAGUAUUUUUUAGAGAUUUGAGUCAUUUUUGGAUAGAUUUUCAGUAUUAAGGCAUAUAUUUAUAACAUUAAUCAAACCUUUUACAACUAUUAACCAUCAUGUUAAUUUAUUUUCAACAGGAUUGUUAUCAACCUCUAUUUCUUUUUUUGUUUUGUAUUGAAAUCAUCUUUUUUUUUCUAAAAAUUAGGUGUACAGAAAUCAAUAAAUAAAUAUAUGUGUGUAUGUGUGCAUAUAUGUUUGUAUCUUUACUCUCUCUCUCUCUCUCUGUGUCUGUGUUGAAAAAAAAACAUAUUUGUUCAUUACUACUAACAGGUUUUUCAUAUAAAAUUUGAUAGAAAAUAAAUAAAUCUUUUAAAGAAUAAUAUUAAUAAUAAUAAUAAUAAAUCUCAUUAUUCACUUCAUAUUCAUCAUUUCUCAUUUUAGUUUUUAAUUAAUAUUAUGAUAAUCAUCUUUUGUUUGGUUACUUUCUGUUGUUAGUAGUCUGUGUGUAAAUAUAUAUACAUAUGUUUCAUGUCAAAGAAACACAUACAUCAUACUUGUGUGACUGCUUCGUUUCGCCUUUGUUUCACUUUUCUUUUACAAUGAGUAGAUUAAUUAAAAUAGUGAUGGUACUGCUGUUCCAAUAUAAUUGUUAUUGUUUAUAAAAAAAACAAUCUAAUAUAAUCCUUUUUCAUUAUUCUGUUUAUUGUACCAGCUGAUAUUCACUAUCUUGUUAUUUUUAUUGACUUGAUCGACUAUUGUGGAUAAUAUUUGUUCGAAUAAUUUGUGAAGACUAAUUCAAUUUACAAAUGAUUUUUGUCACAUAUUGAUAUUCACCGAAGAACCAUUGAAAACGAAACAGUUCUCAUAUACUCACCAGUGACUGAGUUUCAGAGUACAAAUCGGAAGUCAUAACUGAGGUAGUUAUUCACUAACAGUUAGUUGUUGAGCUGUAUUACUAGUCAAUUAUAAUCAGAAACGUGAGCUGUCGAGUUUGAACUCAAUAGUUC